AGUUGAGGCACCGCUGUGGAGGGAGUUGAGAAGGGUGACCCCCGUCUGGAGGAGUUUGGCAAGAGGGGGGUGUGGGGGUUUGUGUCCCCAUCAGUUCUGUGAGAACGGUUUGUGGGAAAUUUUCCACCCCCUUUCCCAUUAGGGAUAGCUCUAAAAGGGGGUCCGUGGAGUUUAACCCAUGCCCAUCCUCCAUCUGGGGGCAGCUUUAAGUGGGGAAGUCUGGCAUUUGUUCUCCCAUACCAUCUAGGGUAACUCUAAGGACCUGUGGGGUUUAACCCCCUCCAUCAGGGGUAGCACUGAGGGGAGUGUCGUUGGGGUUUUAAGCCCUCACUCUGGACAGGACUGGGCUCUGAUACUCCCCUUUUGGGGGGCUAAUAGUUUGUGAGGCUAGGCCAGGAGACCCAGAGCAACCUUGUGAGGUCAAGCAGGAGACUCCCACCUUCAGCCGUGGGCCCACCCCUUUCAACCCUUGGAUGCUGCACCCCUGGAGAUGAUGCCACCUGAGGAGGAGAGCCCGGAUGGUGGUGGGGCAGGGGACAAGGCCAGUGGACUUGUCCUCCUGCAAGCCCUGAAGAGCGGCAGCACCCGGAAGCAGGGCUGUGACCCCUUUGCCCAGACCCAACGCAGCAAGCUGCAGCAUCGCCGAGCACGAAUUAACCAGCAGAUCAACAAGGAGAUGAGGAUGAGAGCAGGAGCAGAAAACCUCUUCAGGGCCACCAGUAACCACAAAGUCAAAGAGACAGUUGCCUUGGAGCUGAGCUACGUAAACUCCAACCUGCAGCUACUGAAGGAGGAGCUGGAGGAGCUGAAUAGCAGUGUGGAUGUCUACCAGAAUGACAGUGAGUCUAUCAGCGUCCCCAUGAUCCCCUUGGGCCUGAAGGAGACAAAGGAGCUGGAUUUGCUGGCACCACUGAAGGAUUUCAUCAGUGAACAUUAUGGAGAGGAGGGCAUCUUGUUUGAAAAGGAAAUCAAAGAGUUCAUGGAGCUGCGGCAGGCGAUGCGCACCCCGAGCCGCAACGAAGCCGGGCUGGAGCUCCUGAUGGAGUACUACAACCAGCUCUACUUCCUCGACAGCCGCUUCUUCCCUCCGAGCAAAACCCUCGGCGUCUUCUUCCACUGGUAUGACUCCCUGACAGGGGUCCCAUCGCACCAGCGAGCUCUGGCCUUCGAGAAGGGCAGUGUCCUCUUCAACAUUGGAGCCCUGCACACCCAGAUCGGAGCGCGGCAGGACCGCGCGUCCCUGCCAGGCCUCAACCAGGCCAUUGAUGCCUUUCAGAAGGCAGCUGGUGCCUUUAACUACUUGAAGGAAAACUUCUGCAAUGCUCCUAGCCUGGAUAUGAGUGCUGCCUCUUUGAACAUGCUGGUGCGGCUGAUGGUUGCCCAGGUCCAGGAGUGUGUCUUUGAGAAGAUGACCUUGCUAUGUGCCCAGCACGACUUCCUCUCCAGGCUGCAGCUUGCCCAGGAGGCAGCAAGGGUAGAAGAUGUCUACUCACUGGUACACCAGACGAUGACCCAAGCCCACGUGAAGGAUUAUGUUCCCUUCUCUUGGACCACUAUGGUCCAUGUCAAGUCAGAGCAUUUCAAAGCCCUCUCCCACUACUUUGCUGCCAUUGCUCUCUGUGACUGCCCUGUGGCAUCUGAUUCUGAACUCCCAGAGCAGGAGAAGGCUUUUAUCCAGUUCCACAUCACCAUGCCAGAGGGACCAUCACUCCGUGUCCUGCUGCAGGACCCUGAGGAGAGAAGGAAGCUGGGCAAAGCUCACCUGAAGAAAGCCAUCAUGAAGCACGAAGAAGCCAUGAGGAUCCACGGCUUGUGCAAGAUCCUGCGGAAGAUGGAUAUCCUCCAGGAGGUCCUCUCCUUCGCCCACAAGCGCUCGCUGAGCAAAUACUCAGAAAUCGACCAUGAGGAGGACUUCUUUGAAACUGGAGAUGCCCCAGAUAUUCAUCCCAAAACCCACCAGAAACCAGAGAUAAAAUCCCCCAACUUCUCCCAGGUGAAGGUGACCGACCUCUUCCACAGGCUGGGACCUCUUUCGGUUUUCUCGGCCAAGAACAAGUGGUACCCAGCGCGAAGAGUCCACCUGAGGAGAGGAGAGAAUGGGUUUGGGUUCACACUGCGAGGAGACUCCCCUGUCCUCAUUGCUGGUGUCAUCCCAGGGGGCUGUGCUGCUGAAGCUGGGCUGAAGGAAGGAGACUACAUCAUCUCAGUGAAUGGCAAAGACUGCAAGUGGUCCAAACACGCGGAGGUGGUGCAGCUGCUGAAGAGCACUGGAGAGGAAGGAGUGGAGAUCAUCGUGAUAACCCUACAGGGCUCAGAGGGACCAAAACCAGUGGAGAAGAAGGCAGCAGCCAUGUCCUCGGGCAGUGGGAUGCUGAAGAGCAACAAGGAGAACAACCGGAAGAGCCUGAUGAACAGCAAGGGCGCCAGCACGCUGCUGGUCUGGAGCAAGAAGAGCAAGAGGAGCAAGAAGAGCGCCUACGGUGUCCCCUUCACUGCGGUGGGAGACAACGAGGUCAUGUACUGAAGAGGCUGCUGGGAUAAGUUGUGUCCCACAAGCUCCAGGGCUGGCUACCCUUGAACCCUUGUGAGCACUGGUGGCCAAUCUGGGCUGUUGCUGAUGUCAGUGCUGCAAGGACCUCCCCACCUUGGGGACGUGCCGCUGGUCGGAUCCUCUCCGAAGAGGCAAGAGAUGCACAGAACCAGAGUCCUCCCUCUCCCAGCUCCCACGUUAAACCACCCUUGACUAAACAAAAAUGGGAAAGCCACUGAUUUAAUCCUAAUUUUUAAUAUCUUUUUUUCCUCUCUCAAGGGGUUGGGGGAAGCUGUGUUAAAGCAGGGACUGGAUUGUGUCUUUUGCUCAGUGCGAGGAGUGGCCAAACCAGCCCCUAGCCAUUAAAGCGGACAGCUGUAACCUUCA